UGAAACCAAAAUUUCAGUUGGCCACCAGCUAAAGGAUUACCCAAGUUUCUAUGUAUGCAACUUUGCUGGCGAAUAUUCUCAGACAAACGAUUGUUCCAAUUGUCCCUUCUGCACAACUUUGUAAACAUUGUUCAAAACAAACAAAAGCUUUGCUACGCUCCAAUGCACUUUACAACUGCAGCGCUUAUAGCACGCACUCCACCGACGGCCUCCGUGCUCAGUUAGUCGCAUACUAGGUUAUUUGGCAACAACAUAACGCAAGUAUGCAAGGUUUGCAGGUGUAAAAAGCUUCUAUUUCCAAACACAAUCUUUCAAGGACAAGCUAGAAUACGACGAUAUAGUGAUUACUUAUACAGCUAGUGACGAAGCACAACAAUCUUGGUUGUAAAGGUUGAUUGUAGAUUGUUAUUGUUGCGUCACAAUACAGGAAGUUAGUCGGCAUAGAGCUGAAAUGAGCGGGAACCCGGAAGAAAAUAUCAUCAAUGACGUCACAAGCUACUUGCAAGAGAGCGAGCGACCAGAUAUGACGUCAUUAAUAGAAUAUUUCAAAAAUGGAAGUCUCAACCCGGAAGUGAAACUAUGGAAGGGAUUUCGAUUUUGGCCGCGGUUUAAUCCCGAAACCGCCAAAUUCGCGUACGAGGAUAUGACGUAUAAGGAUAGUGACGUCAUUGUGGCGUCAUUCGCAAAAACAGGUACAACUUGGAUACGUAUGAUAGUGCACCACCUAGUGUACGACAGCGACCCCAUGCGGAUGGAAAUUAGUUCAAAGAUGAACAUGCCUUUCAGUUACCUUGAAACCGGGAUUCCGUUAAAGUUUCAAGUCGUGAAUAAACUUCCCUUGCCACGGAGGGUGUUUGGGACGCAUCUUAACGCACAACUUGUCAAUUUAAACAAGAUCAAGAAAUCUGGGGCAAAGGUGAUCUACUGCAUACGUAACCCGAAAGAUCAAGCAGUAUCGUGGUACCACAUGUAUCAGAAUUACCCGUUUCGUGACCACCCGAACUUCAAACACUUUUGUCCAAAAUCUUGGGAUGAAUUUUUCAAACUUUAUACCUCCGGCAAACAGCCAUUGUGCACACGCGAUGGCGAGUGGUAUCCUGACCACGUGAUGUCGUGGUACGAACACCGUGAUGACGUCAUGUUUGUUGUUUAUGAAGAAAUAAAACAGAAUCCGGUGAAAGGAAUUUUAGAAAUCGCGAAGUUUCUAAAUAUUCCGGCAACACUGGGAAGAGCUCAACAAAUUGCGGAUAUGACGUCAUUCAACAACAUGGCCGCUAAUUUGAAGAAAGGUCAUCCAAUAAAGAAUUUUUUUAGAAAGGGGGAGGUGGGAGAUUGGAAGAAUUAUUUCAGUGAUGACCAAUCCAAAAUCAUGGACGAAUUAAUCCAAGAAAAACUUGGAAACACUGAAAUUAGAUUCAUAUACGAAUUGUGACGUAAUAAACAAGAUUUUCUGGUCUAACAAUUAGCAAUUAUUACUUUUACAUUGUGAUCAGUUUUAUACUGUUACGUAACAAUGCUUGUUAUGUCGAUUCUAUUAUUUAGAUUAUGUCGUCACAAUCACUAUUGUUACGUAAUACCAAACAAACCUUAUAUAAAAAGUGCGGCAAAUUUAAAUAUUUUAUCACGUGGUAAUAAUGUCAUGCAUUAUUGUGACGUGUGAAGCAAUCAUAAAUACCUUUUGACGUCAUAACCCAAUGUGUUGGGUUUAAUUUCUUCAUAAUACACAUCUAGUAUUAUACUGUUAUAGAAUAUUUUGCAAAACAUACUUGUUUUAUUCA